UUUUUUAAAAAAAAAAAAAAAAAACACGAGUCACUGGUUCGUGUUGUUAUCAUUCACGAUGUUCUCGAUCCACCGCCAAUUGAUCUACAUGUUCUUUAUCCUUCGCGUCUAGAACUACACAACGAAACUAACCGCUUGAUAGUAGAACGCUGACUUAAUCGAUAAAUGCCAUAAAUUAUCAUAAGCGGCAACUGAUAUUUCCGGGGAACCUUGCUCGGUCAUUUCAUCCUGUUUAAAGAACGCAAAGAAGUGAUUAUAAAGUCAUCGCCAUUCACAGACGGGAUAUACCUCUUCGGCCACUUAUACCGACGGCAAAGAACCAAUCUCGAACGUCCUAUAUAUUCUCUUUCGCCCUUUCCUUACCACAUUCAUGGUGGCUUACUCCGCGCAUUCCUCAUCUCUACAUAAGCCGAGUCCAUACAACGAAAGUCCUCGAAGAAUGGCGAGAUUCCGCCCAAGCAACAUCCUCGGUGACCCGUUCGCGCUUGCAACGAUCUCCAUUUCGAUACUGGCAUGGAUCAUUGCAUUCAUAUCGUCGAUUGUCUCGGCUAUUAAUGCCCGUGGCUAUCCCACCUAUUCAUGGUGGGGAGUCGCUUAUUCGCUUUGUAUUAUUCUUGGGAUGACACUCGUGUUUGGUACGGAUACUGGUUCUGUCUACGGUGUAGCUAUUGUGGGGUAUCUUUCCGCUGGUAUGGUAAUCACGACACUUGGUGUGAAUUCGUUGGUAUAUCGCAGCGAUUCUGCGUCGCAAGCUGCAGGUGCCGGAUUUAUCCUCAUGUCUAUGGUGAUAGUUAUCUGGAUCUUUUAUUUCGGGUCGACGCCGCAAGCCUCGCAUCGUGGAUUCAUUGAUUCGUUCGCUCUCCAAAAGGAACACCCCGGAGCAUAUGGCAACGGCAGACCUAUGUCUACGGCCUUCAGAAACCGACCCGAGACUACUUCCAGCCAGGCACCUCAAAUGUAUACAUCGGCACAGCUCAACGGUUUUGAGACGUCAUCGCCCGUAUCGGGCUACCCAGGCGGCGCCCCCGGUUCGGAAAACCGCAGCUCAUCGCAACCUCGAUUUGGCAACCCUUCGAACGCCAACUUGCCUGCCAAUGGCAACGAGAACGAGGUUCCUCAACCCACCGAAUACCCGUACCGGGCAAAGGCAAUCUAUUCGUAUGAUGCCAACCCAGAGGACGCCAAUGAGAUCAGCUUUUCCAAACAUGAGAUAUUGGAAGUGUCCGAUGUUAGCGGUAGGUGGUGGCAGGCCAGGAAAUCCAAUGGAGACACAGGCAUUGCUCCAUCGAAUUAUCUGAUCUUGUUGUGAUCCGGAUGGAGCUUCUCUGUGUAACGCUUUCUUUCUUCUCUUUUUGGUUUUUUCAUGGUCCUCGCCAUUUGGUUGCGAGAAAAAUUAUCAUUGAUACCCUUCGAGUAGUAUCACUCGGCGCGAGUCUGGUUUGCGAAGUCACGUUACGUCUUGAUGGCAUUUUCUUGCUUGUUUCAACAUUCCUUGGUCGGUACUUCCUUUUCGUUUUGUAAAGCGCAUGUUCGGUUAUCGAUCUCUUUGUCUGAGCUUCUUUGAGCGGGCACCUGCGCGCUGAUAUAUUAUGCUCUAUAAGUUCCAGCUGUCAUGUUCCGGACAUAGCUCAUUACAUGCUUCAAUAUUUAUCGCAUGUUGAACUGGAAUGGUUAAGCUUUGCUUGAAUGUAUGAAAUCAAGGCUUUGUUCCAGCUCUAAGCAAUAAAGCGAGUGUAGCUUCUGUCUCUUCUGAACGUAGUAAGGAUCCCAUCCGGCUACCAGUGUGUGCAGUAUAACACAAUGUCGACCAGCGUAGGAGAGGCAUGGUGCAAAAAAGAAAAGCAUUGGUGCCUCUUACCAUAAAGCAUGCCGUCCAGGUUGUAGUACAAUCACGAUCAUCUUGUUAGC